AUGGCCGACUCAAGUGACCGAGGCGAUAAGCCGGUCGCCAGACUCCUUUUUAAGCCUCGCCAAAAGGCCAAGCCAGUAGAGCCAGCAAACGAAGCUGCUGAAGAUACCGGUUCCCCUUCCGAACAAAGCCCUCCGGAGAAGCCCCCUCUGGAUCAACUCAGGGCUUUUCUGGCGAACCAAAACCACCUGUUCACUUGUGGCGGAUCUAUCCCAAUUGUUGAAAGUCCAGCAACUACUAAACCACGCCGGGCUCCCACCCGGGAUCGGCUGAGCAAUCCGCUUACUGCCGAUGAGCCUAGAACGUCUGACCCCAUCACCAUUCGCUGGGACGUUGCUGAUAUAGAGGGAGAGACGGGGCAGCGCGGUAAUCCAUGCGACAAGAUCACUCUCCCGCUUGCUCCAGGAUCUGAGAAUGAUAUUCAGCGGCUCUUGGAUGGCACCCAGCCAGCCACCUUUGGUCGUGGAAGGGAGGAUGUCUAUGACGAGACAUAUCGCAAGGCUCUUAAAAUGGACACGACCGCAUUCUGUUCGACGUUUGACCCUUAUUCACUUGGUAUUGUUGACACAAUUGCUCAGGUCCUUCUACCGAGUAUUGUUGAUUCAUCCACCCACCGAUCUGUUCGAGCUGAGCUUUAUAAACUUAAUCUCUACACCAGCCCAUCAGGUAAAUUCAAGAAACACGUCGACACGCCACGAUCUCCAUCACAGUUUGGAUCGCUAGUGGUUUGCCUGCCUCUUGAGCACGGAGGUGGCCUGCUCAAGGUUCGUCAUGAGGGCAGGGAGAUUACGUACGACUGGGGUACUAGCUCUACGAAACCCGACUUUGCCACUAUUCGUUGGGCGGCGUUCUACAGCGACUGUGAACAUGAGAUUCUCGAGGUCACAAGUGGUCACCGCCUCACCUUGACAUAUAAUCUGUACGCAGUGCGUGGUACAGGACGCUUAACUGGCAUGUCUCAGACACUUGAUAUUACACAUCUGCCACUGUACCAAGCUGUGUCAAACACCCUGAGCAAGGACCCUUUCGGCGGUAAAGGCGGCACAUUGGGGUUCUGGUGCUCCCACGCGUACGCAUUCAACGAUCCGAUCGAGACGCCGCUUCCGGAUACCCUUAAGGGUGUUGACGCAGCAAUCUGGGAAGUAUUUCAGAAACUAAAUCUUAACCCCACUGUAUCAGCCGUCAUUGAACUGGAAGACGAGUGGCAUUGGUUAGAGAAUUGGGCAGAUCUUGAGCCCCAUAAAUCUGACGUUGAAGCUCACAAACUCUGGGAAUUAGCGGUUCCAACGAAACAAGUGGCUGGCAAGGAAUUCAGUGUGUUCAUCGAACAGUAUUACCAAGAAUUACCAGAAGGUCUACGCCUGAACGAAAUAUUCACAUCGUGGGGCCGUUACUUGGACGAGAAGACACAAUGGCUGACGACGCCAGCGUCUAAGUCAGAGCUGCAGAUUGCAUAUGCGGCGUACGGAAAUCAAGCCAGCGCCGAAACCAUCUAUUCUCAUUGUGCUAUUCUCGUGGACUUUCCCGCAGAGGAGGAGGCGGCUUAG